GCUGCGCGUCCCGCUGGCUCCGAGCAGGUCGCCGUGAACUGGCACACGCCACCCGGUCCCGGAGUAAAUAAGGGAGCGACUCUCCCGAGCCCCGUAAAUAGAGUCCAAGUGGGCGGGGAGCCGCCCCGCGCCGCCUGCUCAUGUCGCUGCAGAGUCGCGUGUCCGGCCGCCUGGCACAACUGCGCGCGGCGGGGCAGCUCUUAGUCGCCCCGCGCCCCUGGCCCGGCCCGUCGGCGGGUGCCGCGCGGACCCGCAGCAGUGCGUGCAGCCCCCCGGCGCCCCUGGGCGCGUACGGCCUCCGCGCGCGGGCCCCAGCGGGAGUUGGGGCUUGGGGGGCGGCGGCAGUGGGGCGGAGAGCCGGGGUGCGCACCUGGGCCCGCCUGGCCAUGGCGGCGAAGGUGGACCUGAGCACCUCCACCGACUGGAAGGAGGCAAAAUCCUUUCUGAAGGGCCUAAGUGACAAGCAGCGGGAGGAACACUAUUUCUGCCGGGACUUCAUCAGGCUGAAGAAGGUCCCGACAUGGAAAGAGAUGGCAAAAGGGGUAGCCGUGAAGGUGGAGGAGCCCAAGUACAAGAAGGACAAGCAGCUCAACGAGAAGAUCUCCCUGUUCCGUGGCGAUAUCACCAAGCUGGAAGUGGACGCCAUCGUGAACGCCGCCAACAGCUCCCUGCUUGGAGGCGGCGGUGUGGACGGCUGCAUCCACCGGGCCGCCGGGCCCCUGCUCACCGACGAGUGCCGGACCCUGCAGAGCUGCGAGACAGGCAAGGCCAAGAUCACCUGUGGCUACCGGCUGCCUGCCAAGUACGUCAUCCACACGGUGGGACCCAUCACCCACGGUGAGCCGAGCGCCAGCCAGGCCGCCGAGCUCCGCAGCUGCUACCUGAGCAGCCUCGACCUGCUGCUGGAGCACCGGCUCCGCUCGGCGGCGUUCCCCUGCAUCUCCACCGGCGUGUUUGGCUACCCCAACGAGGCGGCGGCCGAGGUGGUGCUGGAGACGCUGCGCGAGUGGCUGGAGCAGCACAAGGACAAGGUGGACCGGCUCAUCAUCUGCGUCUUCCUGGAGAAGGACGAAGACAUCUACCGGCAACGGCUUCCCCACUACUUCCCCGCAGCCUGACGGCGGGGCGCUGCCCACCCUGACCAGGACGACCCGCCCCGGCCGGCAGGACCUCACUCCCAGCUCUGAGAGGCCGCUGAAGUCUGCAGCUUGGUGGGGCCUCCCCGUUCUUUCCCCCAGCCCCUGUCCCCCAGGAGCCUCCUAAUAAAAAGCACCCUCACUGCAGCCCUUGCGUCUCC